AUGGAGCAAACUCUGUAUUUCAUUCUUCUUCUCAUUGCUCUCUGCUCCGUAUCUGAAUGUGUUCAGCGUCAGUAUCACUUUAUAAAUGAGAAAAAGACAUGGACUGAAGCUCAGAGAUACUGCAGAGAGAAAUACACAGAUCUGGCCACCGUCGACAACAUGAACGACAUGAACGAGCUGAAGAAGAGUGUGAAUGGUGAAGGUUUUCAGCUUGUCUGGAUUGGGCUGCAGAAGACGGGUCGUGAUGAAUGGCAGUGGUCUUCAGGUGAACCUGCGCUCUAUCUGAACUGGGAUCAUACACAACCAGAAGGAAGAGAUUAUUGUGCUAUGAUGAGAAAUGGACGAUGGCAUGAUUUUCCAUGUAGUUACACCAAAACUUUCAUCUGCAACAACACAAACACAGGAUUCGUCUUUAUCGAUCAGAUGAAGAACUGGAGAGACGCUCAGAGUUACUGCAGAGAGAAUCACAUUGAUCUGGUCAGUGUGAGAAACCAGAAUGAGAAUCAACAAGCUGAGAAGAUCAUGAAAUCUGAUGCCUGGAUCGGUCUGUUCAGAGUCAGAGACUCAUGGCAGUGGUCAGAUCAGAGUAACUCUUCAUUCAGAUACUGGGAUUCUAAUCAACCUAACAUUCAUGAAAAUAAUAAAAACUGUACAGUAGUCAAACAUGACUCUCUGGGACAAUGGCAUGACAUCUCCUGCAACAACCGUUUUCCUUUUGUGUGUCAUGAAGGUGAUUUCUGCUUGUGCUUUGUUUGGUUUCCAGAUAAACUGAUUGUGAUCAGAGAGAAUCUGACGUGGUCUGAAGCUCUGAGAUACUGCAGACAGAAUCAUGUGGAUCUGGUCUCGGUUCAUUCAGAAGAGAUUCAGCAUGAGGUGAUGAACGUUUUUAAAUGGGCGUCUACUGCGGAGGUGUGGUUGGGUUUACGUUACUCUCACAUUUUGGGCAUCUGGUACUGGGUGAGUGGAGAGACCGUGUGCUAUCAGAACUGGGCUCCAGGGAACGGUACAUCAGAGGAGGACUGUGAACACACAGUGAGAUCUGGAGCAGCUCAGUCUGGAGGAGAUCAGCGCUGGAUCAGCCGUCCUGAAACUGACAAACUCAACUUCAUCUGCAGCAGAUAUGAAUGAAUGGAUACACUUAGAUUUCAAGAUUACAAACACUUGUGUGUUUCCUGUUGAUGUACUAUUCUGUGGGUGUGUUUGCUUAUCGGUCAAACUCUUUCACCAUGUACUUUGUGUCAUUUAGUAACUGCUAAAUUAUGAGACAUUCAUCUGUCAAUUCAAUUUUGUGAGGGAUCAUAAGGGCAUCAUAUUUACUCAUCAUUGUACUGUUUUCUUGGCAAACUUCAGUCUAGCUUGGAGGUGUCUCUUCUUCUUGGUCUGCAGCCUCACAGUCCAUUCCUGUGCAGGUCUCUAGUGACUGUCUUCAUUGAGACAUCAAUCCCAGACUUGAUUAAAUCAAUCACUAUUAUUUUGGCAGUUUUUCUUGGGUCUUUAGAAACCUCUCUCACUAAUUUUCUUUCCAAAGUUC